AUGCAUAGAGCUCUUUCGGCUUCCUCGCGGGCUUCAGCCCUUUCCUCUGCUACGUCCACCCGUGGGCAGCUCUCUCACUUCAGACCUGCUCUAGCUCAGUUUCAACAGCAAAGAUUUGCUCACAAGGAGCUUAAGUUUGGGGUAGAAGGACGCGCCGCCCUUCUUAAAGGUGUUGAUACCCUUGCAAAAGCUGUUACGACUACAUUGGGCCCCAAGGGCAGAAAUGUUCUGAUUGAGUCUGCAUAUGGCUCGCCAAAGAUCACAAAGGAUGGUGUUACUGUUGCGAAGGCCAUUACCCUGAAAGACAAAUUCGAGAAUCUUGGUGCUCGCCUUCUCCAAGAUGUUGCUUCGAAGACAAACGAAAUUGCUGGUGAUGGAACUACUACUGCAACCGUUCUUGCACGUGCUAUCUUUUCUGAGACUGUUAAGAAUGUUGCUGCUGGCUGCAAUCCAAUGGAUUUGAGGAGGGGUAUCCAGGCGGCUGUUGACUCGGUUGUCGAGUAUCUUCAGACGAAUAAGAGAGAAAUCACCACUAGUGAAGAAAUUGCACAGGUGGCAACCAUAUCUGCCAACGGCGAUACUCACAUUGGUAAACUAAUUUCAAAUGCGAUGGAAAGAGUUGGAAAAGAAGGUGUGAUUACUGUAAAAGACGGCAAAACUAUCGAAGAUGAGCUCGAAGUUACUGAGGGCAUGCGUUUUGAUCGUGGCUACGUUUCGCCUUACUUCAUUACCGACACCAAGACACAAAAGGUUGAAUUCGAGAAACCUCUUAUCCUCCUGUCUGAGAAGAAGAUUUCGGCUGUCCAAGAUAUCCUCCCCGCUCUUGAAGCAUCCACAACUCUUCGCCGUCCCUUGGUCAUCAUUGCUGAGGACAUUGAUGGCGAAGCUCUCGCUGUUUGCAUCCUGAACAAACUUCGAGGCCAGAUUCAAGUUGCGGCGAUCAAGGCCCCAGGAUUUGGCGACAACCGCAAGAGCAUUCUCGGUGACAUUGGCAUCCUUACUAAUGCUACUGUGUUCACGGAGGAGCUGGAUAUGAAACUUGACAAAGCUACUCCCAAUAUGCUGGGCUCCACUGGCUCCAUCACUAUUACCAAAGAAGACACCAUUAUUCUAAACGGUGAGGGUAGCAAAGAUUCUAUCGCCCAAAGAUGCGAACAAAUUAGAGGCAUCAUUGCCGACCCUGCUACUUCUGACUACGAAAAAGAAAAGCUUCAGGAGCGUCUUGCAAAACUUUCUGGUGGUGUGGCUGUUAUUAAAGUUGGUGGUGCUUCCGAAGUUGAGGUGGGCGAGAAAAAGGACCGCGUUGUUGAUGCCUUGAAUGCUACCCGUGCUGCCGUUGAGGAGGGCAUCCUUCCUGGUGGCGGUACUGCCUUACUCAAAGCUUCUGCCAAUGGCUUGAAGGACGUUAAGCCGGCCAACUUUGACCAGCAAUUAGGUGUGAGCAUUGUCAAGAGUGCCAUUCAGAGGCCUGCUCGCACAAUCGUCGAGAAUGCCGGGCUGGAAGGUAGCGUCAUCGUUGGUAAGCUCACUGACGAGUUUGCUAGCGACUUCAACAAGGGCUUCGACAGCUCCAAAGGUGAAUAUGUUGACAUGAUUGCCUCCGGAAUUGUUGACCCCUUGAAAGUUGUCCGCACCGCUCUUGUUGAUGCCAGUGGAGUAGCUUCUCUGCUUGGCACCACCGAGGUCGCAAUUGUUGAUGCGCCCGAGGAGAAGGGGCCUGCUCCUGCCGGUAUGGGCGGCAUGGGUGGAAUGGGUGGAAUGGGCGGAAUGGGGGGUAUGUAUUAA